CCACGUUUGGGGCUAUCGAGACCUGACCUCCCUCUCGUGCCCGCAGACCCCGACGCGGCCCCGGUGAUCCACGGCGUGGACGUGGUGAACAGCACGCUGGCGAAGGUGACCUGGUCCUCGGUGCCGAAGGACAGAGUGCACGGGCGUCUGAAAGGAUACCAGAUAAACUGGUGGAAGACGAAAAGCCUGGCGGAUGGGCGAUCGCUCCCCAAAGAGGUGAGCAUCCUGCGGUUCCCGGGCCAGAGGAGUUCGGGCAUGCUGCCCGCGCUGGACGCCUUCAGCGAGUUCCACCUGACCGUCCUGGCCUUCAACGCCAAGGGCGCUGGUCCCGAGAGCGAGCCCUACGUCUUCCAGACGCCGGAAGGAGUACCCGAACAGCCAACCUUCCUCAAGGUCAUCAAAGUGGACAAGGACACGGCCACGUUGGCCUGGGGGCCACCCAAGAAGCUGAACGGAAACCUCACUGGCUACCUGCUGCAGUACCAGAUAAGUAGGUAGACAUUUGAGCUGAU